GGCUCAUUAGGACACUUGGGCCCAGCAGCUUCUUCUCCUGAGCUUGAAGGAGCCCCUGUCUGAAGCCACAUAUCUGGGAAGUUAAUCAGAUCUGUUUUCGGACACUCAAUAUUAAGGACCUAGAUUUUAGAAGGGGGCAUAGAGGCUUCAACGGAUGAAAUCCUGAAAUAUGAGGGUCACCCGAGUGCUACAGCUGUCUGUUUUGUUGGUGGGGCUCUGCCAGGCCCAGCGAGCCCCUCCACCCUCCACCUCAGAGGAGGCAGGGGGGGUCCCCGUGUCCCAGAUGAAGAUGCUGGCGCUGGGCCUGGCUCACCUGCUGCAGGGCGUGGAGGAGAACGCCCGGCAGCUGGAGCAGAGGGGCGAGCAGGCGGAGGCCGAACUGGACGGGGCCACGAGGAACCUGGAGAGCCUCAGGAAGCAGAGUCUAAAGGCCGGACGGAAUCACAGGCAGGUGAGGAAGGACCUGCAGAUCCUGAGCGCCCGGGGGGACCGGCUUUGGAUGGCUGCCAGAGAUCUGCAGAAGGUUCUGGAGGACGUGGAGACUGAGCAGGGAGCCAUGCAGCAGCGGAUCAACCGGGUCCUCCAGAGAAUAAGGAGUCUGACGGAGCCCAAGUCCAGGGGGAAAACACAGCUGGACAUGGGCUCUGUGAAGGUUGUGAUGGAUAAACAGGCCCGAAAGCUAGCCAGUCUAAACUCAGAGUUUUCAGCCCGGGACAGAAUGAUUGACAGACGCCGGCGGCACAUUGACCACCUGGAGAUACAGAUAUCUGAGAGCCUCCCAGCAGCACUGAGGGCAGAUUCUCUCUCCGACUGUGUGUGAUGAGCCCAGCUGCAUCAACACAGCCUCUCUGAGCCAAUACACCUGCACACUGCCAUUAUGAAGCUAAGAAAAUGAACUGCUCUGAAACUUACAAAAGCAUGUGUCACAUUUAACAAAUAUGUAGAUAAGUACACAUUUGGGUUAGUCGUCUGUGUUGUCCUCAACAAAACACGCCUACAGUAUGUUCAAAAAUAGUUACGAAAUAAAGCUUUCCUUUUCCUGCAACCU